AGAUGAGGUUUACUCUGCUCAGAGUAGGCUGUCUAGAAGAUAUAACAUAAAAAAGGGACUGGAGAAUCAUGAGCCGAUCAAGGAAUCGAUCAAAGUCACCUGGGAGAUCGGGUACUCCGCGGUUGGAAAGACAGACUAGCAUACUGGGAAGUGAAUGGAGGAGCAAAGACGUGAGAAAUGCCCAACAAGACAUCAGUGCAAUCAUUAAAAUGUGCAAAUUAGCCAAGACUACUUUCGUCGAUGACUCUUUCCCCCCUACGCCCAAGAGCCUUUACUUCAACGGGGUCCACCCCAUGCGCACAUCGAGACAACACGAGUCCCAGAGUAAAGACGAGAAGGUGUACCAAUGGCUACGUCCAGGCGAGUUCAAAGAGCCAUCAAGAUGCCAGCUGGAUUGGACUAUCUUCAGGAACCCAAAAGGAUCUGACAUCAUACAGGGUCUGCUGGGAAACUGUUGGCUCCUCAGCUCUCUGGCUGUGCUGGCGGAGAAACCCAGUUUCUUGGAGCAAAUGUUUCCUCUUAAUGAAUACUGUCCGACUGGCGUUUAUCAAGUGAGGCUGUGCAGAGAAGGAACUUGGAUGCUGGUGACUGUCGAUGAUAUGCUCCCAUGUGGAAAAAACGGCCGUCUAGUUUAUUCCGACUGUAGAAGACGUCAGCUAUGGGUCCCGCUAGUUGAGAAAGCAUGUGCCAAAUUGUUCGGAUGCUACGAAGCAUUAGUUGCGGGAAAGUGCCUGGAAGGAUUGUCUAUUCUAACCGGUGCGCCCUGUGAGACUAUCAAUUUGCAGAAGAUAAAAUAUGAAGACGAUCCGGAUCACGAGUUGAUUUGGGGUCAAAUGAUCAGUGCAAGUCAAGCUGGUCAUAUCAUGGCUGCUUCUUGUGGUGGAGGCCACAUGGAAACGGACAAGCAACAGUAUAAUGAUCGGGGUCUGCUGUCGCGACAUGCUUACUCAGUAUUAGACGUCCGGUUAGCAAAUAGCAGACGUUUGGUGAGGUUACGUAAUCCCUGGGGAAGAUUUUCGUGGAAAGGCGCCUGGUCGGAUGAAUCCAGAGAAAUGCGUGAAAGUGGUUUGAGAGAUGAAUUGAGUGGUUAUGGCAACGGUGAAGGUGUGUUUUGGAUGGACUACAUUGAUUUUAUCAAGUUCUACGAUAGCGUUGACUUGUGUAGAUUGAAUCACGACUGGAAUCUAGCCAAGACUAAUGGCGCUUUGCCAUCUGUGGCUACUACUCUUCAACAUAUGGGAGUCCUGACAGUGUUUGCACCUACAGAAGUGGUAGUGACUGUUUUCCAGAAGAAUAACAGACAGAGGAACCAGACUAGAUGUCUGGAUCUGGGAGUGCUGGUUAUAAGAUGUAAUGAUAAGACAUUGGCUCCGAUCAGACAUACAGCACACAGUAAACGACAGUUAAAAUCUUUUGUGAGCGUGAGUCAUCUAUAUGAGCCGGGUAUGUAUCUCGUGGUCCCUGUUGCAUUCAACCACUACAACUGUGACCAGGGCAUGCCCACUAAGCAACAGGUGAAGGACUGCAUGCCUGCAUUCACGAUGACCUUCCACUCUAUUAGUAUUGUGAAUGUGGACAGAUUCUACUUGGGGAGACACACUCUAGCAGAUAGUCUGUGGAUGACAGUACAUGAGUCAGGCCAGAGAGAAGACAUCCGCACUGGCUGUUCAGUGUACAGAGUGAGUGGAGGGUGGUCGGGGGCGAUAGUGGCAAUUGAGAACAGGGACCCAGAACAGUAUCUGCAGAUCAAGUAUGACUGUAUGGAGAGCUACAAUGUGGUCGCCACCAGGGGACACUUGACCACCUUCGAUUCCGUCCCCCCACUUCACAGACAAAUCAUCGUGGUGCUGAGUCAGUUGGAAGUGUCCGGCGGCUACCAGAUAGGCACAUCAUACAACCAUCUCCAAACGAGGGAUAGCAAACUGAGCUACUACGGACACCCGGGCAAGAGCAAUGUACCACCCAUAUCAGAAGCAAUAGCGGCACUCCAUUCACCAAGACCACUUUGACCUCAGAAGUCAAUAUUGAACAAUAAAAGUCAACUUAAAACGUCACAAUAAAAGGGCUAAUGGCUACCAAGCAUCUACACUUAAGUCAAACAAAGUCUCCGGUCUUCCGCGAGUUUCAAGACGUGUUGGAUAACAAUUUUUGCUAUCGUAACCAAACGAAACAAAGUGGAAACUACGGUAACACACAUGGAAAGGAGGUCUUCAAACAUGGUGCCAAAUAUCCUAUCAUAUUUUUAAUCCUCGGUGGUGCUAUAGAUAAAU